UUGUCCUCAGUUUUCCGUGAUUUCUCUUCACAAGAUCAACAAGAAAUUGUCCUUAGUUUUCCGUGAUUUCACUUCACAAGAUCAACAAGAAAUUGUCCUUAAAUUUCACAAGAUCAAUAAGAUAUUGUCCUUAGUUUUCCGUGAUUUCACUUUACAAGAUCACAAGAUCUUGUCCUUAGUUUUUCGUGAUUUCACAAUAAAUAAUAUCGCCAAGAUUAAGAAAAUAUUACAUGCAUAAUGAGUCCCCCUCUGCCAUACACCAGAUCAAGCACCACGCCCUAUCAGAUACCCGCAUCUUUCCUUGGGCGGGACCAGGGGGAGGAUACCACACCCCCCUCUCCAACAUCAGCACACAAGUUGAGCAUCUGCUUGAUCCCUGAGAUCUCUCAAUCCCAAAACACUUUCGAGGUCAGCAUCAAGCGGAACUCCCUUGGUCUCGGAUUCAGUAUAACUGGAGGACUAGAUGCACCCUCCCCCUGGACAAAUUUAAUCAGAAUAAAGAAAAUAUUUCCGCUUCAACCAGCCUGGGAAACCGGUCAACUUAAGGUUGGUGAUGUAAUUCUGAAGGUAUCUGGAGUCCCCCUCACAUCUUUAUCCUUACGACAAGCACUGGAUAUUCUUAGAACUUCUCCACCUAACACUGUUCUUCAGGUGUGCAGAAUACCUGAUUCUAUAUCAGCAAACCAAAGAUCCUGCCCAACAUAUUCCAAGAGGACUAGCGUAGUAAGAUCGUAUUCCUAUGGACCAUACAAUCACAACACUUGGGAUACUUUUAAACAGGCAACAGACCAGGGUUUUGGAUACUUGAAGGAUUAUUCCAGCAGUCGUCCUUCUCUCACUAGUGCAGGAGACUCAAUGGAGAUAGAGAUAUCCCCAGCAACACCUGAAAAGGAGUGGAGUCCUGGACCUGAGAUUAUUUAUGAUGAUGAUAAUGAUGAUACUAUGCAACUACUCCGUCCUGUAGAGAACGCCCUUCUAAAUAACUCAAGAAUAGUUGGAGAAUUUUCUAUUCAAUUAACCAAGGUAAACGGAAGUUUGGGGUUCAGCCUCCAAUCUAUAGAUGAUACAGUGCUAAAGCAUUCUAUUAAGGGCAUAGUACGGGAUCCAGCUCUAAGUGAUGGAAGACUUAAAGCUGGAGACAAACUUCUAACUGCUAAUGGAGUAGAUCUAUCUACAUUUACUCAUCAGGAACUGAUAAUGUUUCUGCGUCAAUGUGACGAAACUGUAACUCUAGGUCUCUUCAGAGAUGCCAGUAGAUCUCAGACACCAUUAGAUCCUGAAUCUCCGACACAAGAUAUCAGAGGAAGAAGCCCGGGGAGAAAAAAUCUUAGAUACGAAGCAAAGGAGCUGGUUCGGUCUUUACAGUCCAGCAGAACGAGUUUAGAGAAAGCCGGGCUAGGCUGUCAGUCAGGUUCCUACUCCCAUGGUACACUCGGCAGAAGGAGAGGUCGUCCUUUCAGUCCUGCUCCCGGUCAUAUAAAAGGUCAAGCUGGACGCGGUCAACUGCUCGGUAGCCCGGUUCCUACAGUUGAAUCACCGGUCACACCGCACAAUACAUCGGCCCCGCCUAGUUUAGCGGUCACACAGGCGUUUAACUCCCUUGCCUUGGAGGACAGUUUAGAGGAUAGAAUACAUAUUGAGGAGGUUGACAGUCCUCUACAUGAAUACCUGGCCUCCAGAUCAGACUAUUUGUCCUCCAAGGACGAGGACGAGAACUUUAACCGUUUCUCGGACUAUCACCAGUAUUUCGGGGACGUUGAGAUUAGUUCUAUUCCAAAUAGUCCAAGUCUGGGACGAGUUUUGGACUCCAGUAAUAUCAAUCUAUCCCGCUCUCUACCUAGAUCUACAAGAUUCGAAUCAAUGUAUCCUGCCUCCAGACCCAAUGAGUUAAAUCUAUCAACGGAUAAAAGACGACAGGGAUACAUCUUCCACUCUACAUCUUUACAUUCAAACCAGUUUUAAAUCAAGUUCAAUCCAGUUUUAAAUCAAGUUCAAACAAGUUUGGAAUUGGAAUCAAGUUCAAACAAGUUUGAAAUCAAGUCCAAACAAUAUUGGAAUUAAGUUCAAUCCAGUUUUAGAUGAAGUUCAAACAAUUUUGGAAAAAAGUUCAAUCCAGUUUUAAAUCAAGUUCAAACCAGUUCUAAAUCAAUUUCAAACCCGGUUUUUUCUUGUACUAGAAACCGGUGUAUUCCUGUUCUAGAAACUGGUUUGAUCCUACACUAGAAACCGGGUUAAUCUUGUACUAAAAACUGGUUUAAUCCUGUAUUAGAAACCGGUUUAAUCUUGUACUAGAAACUGGUUUAAUCAUGUACUAGAAAUCGGAUUAAUCCUAUUCUAGAAACCAGUUUGAUCCUAUUCUAGAAACCAGUUUGAUCCUAUUCUAGAAACCGGGUUGAUCCUGUACUAGAAAUCGGUUUAAUCCUUCUUCUAGAAACCGGUUUAAUCCUUUACUCGAAACUGGUUUCUCAACUCGAAACUGGUUUAAUCCUGUACGUGAAACCGGUUUAAUCCUUUGCUGGAAACCAGUUUAAUCCUGUAUUCGAAACUGGUUUUAUCCUCUUCUAAAAACCGGUUUAAUCCUAUUCUAGAAACAGGAUUAGUCUUGUUUUUUAAAUCGAUUAUUAACGCAUACCAGUUAAUGUAAACAAACAUACACUUAAAGUGUCAGAAAUUGGGAUUUUAUGAAUGAGAGAGAAAAAGUUCAACUAGAUCUGCCCACUGCUGCUCACUAUGUAUUAAUUUUGACCUCUGAAUAUCCAAUAUCCACCUGGUUUUGUUAUUGUAAACAUGCAUUGUACAGGGGUACAUUUCAUAUAGAUCCUGUUUACAAGAUGAUUCCAUAAAAGCGCCAUAAACCUUGUCACAGUUGAACAAAUGUUGCCGUGUACAUCGUACAAAUUGUAUAAACUGUACAGCAGUGAACAACUUUUUACAGUACAUAAUCUUUUGAAGGGUAUCAGGUACCAAAAACAAUGAUACCCAGCCCUUAAAUAUUUCUUGAUCAAUGCCAUACUUCUUGCUUGAUAUAAUUUAAGUUAUGUAUGUAAUAUAGUAAUAUAUACUGGGUUAUAUAUAACGACCGCUUUAUGUAAAUGUGCUAAUAUUUUUUCUAUUGAAAAUUUUAUAAAAAUGUUAUUCAAACUAUUUAACUUCAGGAUCAAACAUGUCACGCAUUAUUUAUUCAUUUUGAUACUUGACGAAAUAUUAAUGGGUUAAUUUGGUUAAUUAAUUAAAAACCAACCAAACCAGGGAAAUAUAAUUUCUUAUAUUUGAUAAAAUUUUGUUUUAAAAGCCUCUUCCCAAAAGUGUUGAAGAAUUAAACAACGUAUCGAUCUUUUGGGUGAAAUGUCAUUCACUUGAGAGGGCUUGGCUCAAAUAUUUAUUUAUGCAUCUUAUGCGUGGAUGACAAGAAAAAAUAUCACAUAAAACUGAUUUAUAAUAUUCAAUAAAUCCAUUCAUUUGUGU